AUGAGUUCAAGUGAGGUUGCUCAGCGUAAUGAUGUGGGGCCGGAGGUUGUAAUAGGAGGUCAACAACAGCAAAAGGGCGAGGAUGGGACCACGUCAAGCAAUACUACAAAAGCCAGUGCUUCACAAGACCAAUCCGGUCUCCUAAGCAUCACAACACCGCUCCACACAAAGCUCCCCCGCGAGCUCCGCCUAAUCAUCUACGACAUCCUCGUCGACGACUUCCUAGACCAAAUCGCCCUCACCCGCGGCGAACCCUUCAACUACCUCGACGGCCUCCCCCCCGGAAUCUGGACCCGCACCUGCACCACCAUCUUCCAACCGGACCUCGUGGGCCUCCCGACCGCCCUCGAAGCCGCCUCCUACGCCUAUUCGCAGCUCCUCAUCAUUGCCCGCUGGGCCGUCCAAAUCCCCGUCCUCUUCACCCAAACCCCCGACAUCUUCAACCUCGGCCUCCCCAUCAAAGACCACAUCCGCGCCCUCGACGUCUUCAUGGAAGCCGACAAGAACGCCACCAUGCCCACAGACGAGUGGCACGUCUCGCGCGUCGCGCAAGCCUGGGAAGACGACGAGAUCGCCGCCAUCCGCGCAGACUACGUGCGCUACCUCUCCAUGCUGCACGGCGUCGCCCACCCCCGGGGCUUCAGGCUGCGAGUCGGCGUCGCGAUUGCGUAUCCCCGGACCAUCGAGCUACGGAGUAGUAUCCUGGAUUUAGUGGAGGCGAUUGCGCCGGUGUUGUUUGAGCUGCAAGAGAAGGGGUUCAAUGUCACGUUGUUGGAGUCGUUUACGUAUAAGGGGGCGAAGUGUCCGUUUGAGGGGACGUUGGUGGGGAGUAGGGAGGUUUUUGAUGGGUUGGUGAGGGAGGCGAGAGAGCAUUGUCCUGAGUACCUGGCCGGACAUGCGGACCAGCCGAAAGCAUGGCUGCAGUAG